AGCAACAAGCUUUAUGUGCUUUUUUUUUGAGUUAUAAUCUAUCUCGGACCACGAGGACGCGACUAAUUUUUAUCGACUCUCGUUUUACGACGGCGCAACUACAUACCGCCAAAAACAAUUCCAUUUCCAACCGGUAAUAGUAGAAGCAAGCAAGUCAAAACAAAAAAACAAUACACGACACCUGUUGUACCACUACGAAUUUAAGAAGUAUUGCGUUUGGAAUAUAUUUACAGACUUUCUACUACGAAAAAAGACAAACACAACCCAAAAUGUUGUCGUCCAAGCUGGGUUUGUUGGAUCUGAAGCCGGACCAAAUUGCCGGGAAGCGGGUUCUGAUGUAUCCAAGAAAAAAAGUGUGUAAGUGUAACUUUUUUGCAGGAACAGCAUUACAGAUUUGUUUUGCAUGACAGAGAAAACCUGCCAUGCGUAGCUAGUACGCGAAGACACGUAGGAAAAUAGCCUCUGAUGCAUAUCCAGUAUGACAGAAGUAACUGUAGUGCAACAUCUGCAAGACCACACAGUUUUUUCCUUGCAUAUGAUGCGUGUGGAUUUCAAUGUGCCACUGGAUAAGGAAACCAACUCCACGGUGAAAGACGAAACCCGGGUGAAGGCCGCCCUACCGACCAUCGUGUCUAUCCUGAACCUAUGGAUUGCAAAAGUGUCUGGGUCUGGAAAGUUGGAACUUGUAAUGAUGCUUGCAUACGAGAGCUCCCAAACCAGGUGGAGGCGCCGCCCUGGUUGCUGGUUUGGGUGGACGCAGCUCUCGUGUGCCGGAGCACCUGUAUGCCUCUGGGAGACGCAGCAGCUUUUGUGGUUGUUGAAUCGGUCCGGAUUAGCACAGCAGUGGCCUCGCUUGAGGCCCCUCCCCUGUGCUUCGUCUCCACAUGCAUAAGGACCUCCAGGGCCGUGCAUCAUGUUCGACCUGCCUCGUAGACGCUCGCUGCUUGUCUACGCCUUCGCGCAGCAUGGGCCCGGUCCCGUGUUGCACGUUGUGCCAGCCUUUUCGCGCGCCAGCCUCGUCUGCUUCUACCGCUACCGCUCUUACGAAAGGCCUGUAGUAAUUAGCUCCAUACUUACACACAAACGCUUUUUAAGUAGCACUAGUAAGCGCUGUAGUUUUCCUUCCAGCAGUUUCCAAGUAAGUAGAAGCUUAGUCGAUUUACUGGCUUUAGUAGGCCUAGAAAAGGCACAGGGACGGACUGCCCUUAGACCUCCGAUGUAAUGCUAGCUUUACAUUCCUGGGAAAUCUCAAUCUGUAUUGCAUAACCGACAAAAGCCGCAGCCUCUUUUGUCAUGCAAAAACGUAAUUUCUCAUGCGGACUGCCUAUGAGAAAGCGCUCCGGAAAGUUGUCAUGUUGGGCUGCAUUCGGAAGUGUUUCCAUCAUGCACAUUUUGGCGUCACAAGUUUCCAGACCCAGACAUAUUUGCAUUUGAUAGAACCAGAAACCGAAGGCCUUGAUUCUCAUGUCCCACCUUGGCCGCCCGGACGGUACGGUCUAUCAGAGGGAAAGAAUAUUUGGCCGCCCUUCCGUCCCAUAAGUAGACGGCAAUGAUAUAUAAAGCAUGGCUGCAUAAUAUUUCAUGUGGAUCAUUAACCCAGCGGAGACGCCUGGCGGUUGUUCUCCUGCCAGGCCGGCGGACGAGAGAUCCGAAAUUUAUUAUCGUGCGACAACUUGAAAAAUACCGAAGGGCGCAGCGGCACUGCCUCGUUGUAGAAGUUGAUAUGUUCUGACAGCGUUCCUCUUGGUUCUGUUUUAGAAGCAUCUUCGGAAGUAGUUAAUAUUUUCGGGACGGAAGGGCGAUGCUUUUCAUUUUUCGUUUCGAUUCACUCCGUAUCAACUGCAAAUAUAUAUCUCAGUCUGGAAAUGUGGGAGUAGUUGUGAUGCUGCCUUUGGAAGAUCAUUCUGAAAGAAUUUGUAUUGCAUGAGCUGCUGCUGCAAGGGCGUGACGAGAUAGUCCAGGUUCUUUUACGCGAAGUAGAAGAGGGUGUUAAGUAUUUAUUCUCAUCCCGGAUAAGUAAAAAUCCUUGAAAAAAUCUGUGAUGCUAGACACGACAGAACACAGAGAAGACAUCAUGGGAGGUCCUCAUACAAAAUCAAAAUGAGCAUAAAGUACAAGUGUUGCACUAUGCCAAGUGUUGCACGUUUCCUGACUCAGAUCGAUAUUUUUUGCAAAAAUGCAUACUUGAGUCCAAAUUUUCACUGA